AUGGUGGACGUUUCAAUGGCAUCAACACCCACAAUGCCAGGCGUGAUCAGAGCCAGAUGUCCAAAGCUGGUGGAUGACCUAGAGUCUUUGCCAUGGAAAAGCUUGCUGGUGGUUAUGGAGAAGAUGGAAGGGAUGAACCAACACAUUGAUGUGACUAUAUUGGUGAUUGAAAGACUAAAAGAUGGAACUGUUCGUCCUUGA